CGCGAGGGAGCCUCGGGCUGUCACCGGCGCAAUCAGCGUCCCGCCUCCUCCGCUCCCUGCGCUCCCGCCACCUCGGCAACUCCGCGCCCGCCUCCUGCCUCCGUCGGAAGCCUCCGCCGCAGUAAGGCUCCCGGUCUCGCUGCUGUCUCUUUAAAUGGUGGGGCUACGAGCCGCCCCUGCAGCUGCUCCCUGGGUGGCCCCGCGCGCCGCUUUUGAGGGGCGAACCAAGAUGGCGGCGGUUUUGGCUGUGUGAGGAAGACGGAAGAGACGGCGGCGGAGGGAAACCGACUUCCACUAUCCGGGGCGCUUGGGCGGCCGGGGGCCCUCAGAGUCUCCCGGGCAGUGGUAGCAGUUGCAGCAGGAUCAGGCGCCUGUCGGCUUCUGACGUUUAAAACAGAGGGAGCGGAAGGGAGCCACUGGCCGCGGUGGCAGGGCCAGGGCCCCUUUCCUGGGCGUCUACUGGCGGGGCCCCCGCCCCGGUUCCCGGGCGGCACGAUGACAGACACCCGGCGGCGGGUGAAGGUGUACACGCUCAACGAGGACCGGCAGUGGGACGACCGGGGCACCGGGCAUGUGUCGUCUGGCUACGUGGAGCGGCUGAAGGGCAUGUCCCUGCUUGUCAGGGCUGAGAGCGACGGUUCUCUACUUUUAGAGUCCAAAAUAAAUCCUAACACCGCAUACCAGAAACAACAGGACACUCUGAUUGUGUGGUCUGAAGCAGAAAAUUAUGACUUGGCCCUUAGCUUUCAAGAAAAAGCUGGAUGUGAUGAAAUUUGGGAGAAAAUAUGUCAGGUUCAAGGAAAGGACCCUUCUGUGGACAUCACUCAGGACCUUGUGGAUGAAUCUGAAGAGGAGCGUUUUGAUGAUAUGUCAUCGCCAGGCUUAGAAUUGCCAUCUUGUGAAUUAAGUCGCCUUGAAGAAAUUGCAGAACUUGUGGCAUCAUCUUUACCUUCACCUCUUCGUCGUGAAAAACUUGCACUGGCACUAGAAAAUGAGGGUUAUAUUAAAAAGCUCCUGGAGCUUUUUCAUGUGUGUGAAGAUUUGGAAAAUAUUGAAGGACUGCACCACUUGUAUGAAAUUAUCAAAGGCAUCUUUCUCUUGAAUCGAACUGCUCUUUUUGAAGUUAUGUUCUCUGAAGAAUGUAUAAUGGACGUCAUUGGAUGUUUAGAAUAUGAUCCUGCUUUAUCACAACCACGAAAACACAGGGAAUUUCUAACAAAAACAGCCAAGUUUAAAGAAGUGAUUCCCAUAUCAGAUCCUGAGCUGAAACAAAAAAUUCAUCAGACAUACAGAGUUCAGUAUAUACAAGAUAUGGUUCUACCAACUCCUUCGGUCUUUGAAGAAAACAUGUUAUCAACACUUCACUCUUUUAUCUUUUUCAAUAAGGUAGAGAUUGUUGGCAUGUUGCAGGAAGAUGAAAAAUUUCUGACAGAUUUGUUUGCACAACUAACAGAUGAAGCAACAGAUGAGGAAAAAAGACAGGAAUUGGUUAACUUUUUAAAAGAAUUUUGUGCGUUUUCCCAAACGCUACAGCCUCAAAACAGAGAUGCUUUUUUCAAGACUUUGUCAAACAUGGGCAUAUUACCAGCUUUAGAAGUCAUCCUUGGCAUGGAUGAUACACAGGUGCGAAGUGCUGCUACUGAUAUAUUCUCAUACUUGGUUGAAUAUAAUCCAUCCAUGGUACGAGAGUUUGUCAUGCAGGAGGCACAACAGAAUGAUGAUGUAAGUAAGAAGUUAACAGAGCAAAAAAUAACCAGCAAGGAUAUUUUGCUCAUCAACCUCAUUAUAGAACAUAUGAUUUGUGAUACAGAUCCUGAACUUGGAGGAGCAGUCCAACUUAUGGGCCUGCUUCGAACUUUAGUUGACCCGGAGAACAUGCUAGCCACUGCCAAUAAAACAGAAAAGACUGAAUUUCUGGGUUUCUUCUACAAGCACUGUAUGCAUGUUCUCACUGCUCCUUUACUAGCAAAUACAACAGAAGACAAACCUAGUAAAGAUGAUUUUCAGACUGCCCAACUAUUGGCACUUGUAUUGGAAUUGUUAACAUUUUGUGUGGAGCACCAUACCUACCACAUAAAGAACUACAUUAUUAAUAAGGAUAUCCUCCGGAGAGUGCUAGUUCUUAUGGCCUCGAAGCAUGCUUUCUUGGCAUUAUGUGCCCUUCGUUUUAAGAGAAAGAUUAUUGGAUUAAAAGAUGAGUUUUACAACCGCUACAUAAUGAAAAGUUUUUUGUUUGAACCAGUAGUCAAAGCUUUUCUCAACAAUGGAUCCCGCUACAAUCUGAUGAACUCUGCCAUAAUAGAGAUGUUUGAAUUUAUUAGAGUGGAAGAUAUAAAAUCAUUAACUGCUCAUGUAAUUGAAAAUUACUGGAAAGCACUGGAAGAUGUAGAUUAUGUACAGACAUUUAAAGGAUUAAAACUGAGAUUUGAACAACAAAGAGAAAGGCAAGAUAAUCCCAAACUUGACAGUAUGCGUUCCAUUUUGAGGAAUCACAGAUAUCGAAGAGAUGCCAGAACACUAGAAGAUGAAGAAGAGAUGUGGUUUAACACAGAUGAAGAUGACAUGGAAGAUGGAGAAGCUGUAGUGUCUCCAUCUGACAAAACUAAAAAUGAUGAUGAUAUUAUGGAUCCAAUAAGUAAAUUCAUGGAAAGGAAGAAAUUAAAAGAAAGUGAGGAAAAGGAAGUGCUUCUGAAAACAAAUCUUUCUGGACGGCAGAGCCCAAGUUUCAAGCUUUCCCUGUCCAGUGGAACGAAGACUAACCUCACCAGCCAGUCAUCUACAACAAAUCUGCCUGGUUCUCCGGGAUCACCUGGAUCCCCAGGAUCUCCAGGCUCUCCUGGAUCCGUACCUAAAAAUACAUCUCAGACGGCAGCUAUUACUACAAAGGGAGGCCUCGUGGGUCUGGUAGAUUAUCCUGAUGAUGAUGAAGAUGAUGAUGAGGAUGAAGAUAAGGAAGAUACGUUACCAUUGUCAAAGAAAGCAAAAUUUGAUUCAUAAUAAUGGCAACGGCCUAGGAUCAGUACCUGUUGAAAAAAACUGGUUCUCCACCCCUCCCCCAUACAAAAUCCACAACAAAGCGCAGUGGUCUCUUGUGAAUGACUGACACAGAUCAGCCUCUUACACUUGACUUCUGCUCAUCAAGUGCCAAUUCAAUGGAGCAGGAGGAGGGGAUAUCCUACAUUUAGGGGAAAGACUUAAGCCUUUGAGCUCUCCAGCUUGGACCACACAUUGCCCUUUUCUCAGGGAAGGAAAUGGAAACAAAAAGCCAACAGGGCAGGGGUUUUGUAAGUGGAACUCUGGAUUGACUGGUCAGUUGCUACAAUCAGAAUAUGCUUUCUUGGACCAUGUUUGAGACUCAGAAGAAUGGGCCUUUCUGCCAUAAUUCUUCACUAGUCAAGAAUGCCAGCAGUUUCUUUGUAUAAAGAGACCUGCCUUUAAAAUCAUACAUUCUGAACAUUUUAGUCAAGCUACAACAGGUUUGGAAAACCUCUGUGGGGGAGGGGCGAGUAUAAAGUUUUCCUCUUUUUUAUCUGUUCCCUUUGCCCUUCAAACUGCAGAUUUUUUUUUAAGUGGGGACUUCUCCCUACUUGAUUAAAGAUUGAGUGGAAUUCUAGAUGUGGUCAUUUGUGUCAUAAUUUUUUUGUUUUAUUUUGUUUUUGAUUUUUUUUUUCCUCCCCUGAGUGUAUGCUUAGUUGUUGAGUAUAUAUAUUUGGGACCAUUAAAACUUUUUUUGAUGUAAUAUAACCUAACGCGUUGUGCUGGUACCUGUUUUACCAUGUGUAAUUUUUGUUCUACAUCACAGUUCUUAAUUUGUUUAGAGUUUUAUGAAAGAUGGUAUAGUUUUUAUUGACAAAAGCAAAGUAAUCUUACAACUAUGUGCAUACAAAAGCAAUACUAUUUUGUGACUAAAUAUUUUAUAUUAAAAUUUACAUCAGCAACUGUCGUGAGAAUUCAGGGAAAUAGAGUGGAAUUUAAAACUUCAGUUUUGUUAAAUCUAGAAACAUGAAAUUAGUAUUCCAAAGAGAUUCUGAAAUUUCUUUUCUUGGGGAAAUGACGGUACAUUAAAUCAAAAUUGAGGAUGGAUGAUUUAAAAACAUUUGACUUUUGAAUAAUAAAAAGAAAAGUGAAGAGUAAGAGAAA